AUGAACCUUUCUUCCCUACUUACUGGACUUGGAUGGAGUUCCUUGGUUGAUGACCAGCGUUUCAGUUUCUGGCCUGAAGCGGUCAGGAUGUUCUACGUGAGCAUAAAGCGGGGGCCAGGACCAGAGUCUUCAUGUUUUACUACUGUGGUUUAUAACCACAAGAUCAAAGUGACCCCUGAUCUGCUUGCAUCAGUCCUCUUGUUGCCUCAUUCUAGACAUCAAGCUGCCUUUGAUGGGGAGUUUCACGACCUAGCAUUUGAUUUCUUUGCUCCGUUGUCUUAG